AUGGAGGGCGUGGGCGCGCGGCUAGGGCGCACUUCGGCGCGCUACGGGCCGGCGACGACGUUCACGGGACCUGUUAGGAAGUGGCGCAAGGAGUGGGUACCAGUGGUCGCCGCCGCCGUCAACGCCAACGCCAGCGCCAACGGUGGCACGGCGUCCUCCACGGGGAUGGGAUCUGGCGGAGGAUCCCGUGGGAAUAAUCUUCUCCUGUUUAAGUGGACCCCGGUGAACGGGGCUAACGGGGGAGGAGGAGGGGAUGGGGAGCAGCUGCAGGCGGCGGAGACGGCCACGAGACGCCGGCGGUAUGUGCCGGUUUCUUUAAUGGAAGAGCAAAGACAAGAAUCUACCAAAUCUGAUGAUGAGAAUAAGGCUAAUGAUGGAGAUCCAUCUUCGAACGAAACUGAGCCAUCAAAUGGAAAGACUGAUAUCAAUGGUACACCUAUGGAUGAAUCCCAGGCAUCAUAUGAGGAUGGUCGAAACUCUGGUAAAAAUGGCGGUGGAACAGACCUAAAUUUGAAUUUAGGUUUGAAAGACCCGGACGGUGAUAAUGAAGUUGAGACAACAGAGAAACAUGAAGCGGCAAACAAUCCGCAGACAGAGAAUAGAUCCAAGAGGAAAUCCGUAACCCCUGACCUUGAGAUGAGAAUGUAA